AUUUGGAUAACGUCGAGGAAUAACGGUAACCAUACAAUAUUCAGAAAAGAAAAAAGAUACAACCCCAAAAUUCACUUCUAAAUAUUAAAGAUCCCCAAUUUAGCGCGAAAAUUGAUCAAAGCGACCCUAAUCUGCUAAUUGGACUAAAAUAAUUAUCGCUCCACUCAAUCAAAUGCUCGCCAUAUCAUCUUCUUCACUAGUAUUCAUCACAAAACCCUCAAAAUGUACAAUUUCUUCAGCAUUAAACCCUAUAUUCCCCAAAAUCCGAUCGUCUUCUGUUGCAAGGGAGGCAGUGGUGGAAGUGGAUUUCCCGGCGAUAAAGGCGGCGAAGAGGGUGGUGCUAGUCAGGCAUGGGCAGAGCACGUGGAAUGCAGAGGGAAGAAUUCAAGGCAGCUCCAAUUUCUCUGUUCUUACUACUAAGGGCGAGGCUCAGGCUGAAACUUCUCGCCAGAUGCUUCUCGAUGAUUCCUUCGACGUCUGCUUCACUAGUCCCCUGAAUAGAUCAAAACGAACAGCUGAAAUUAUUUGGGGUAACCGUAAGGAGCAAAUGAUCCCAGAUACCGACCUGAGGGAAAUAGACCUGUAUUCUUUUCAAGGGCUCUUAAAACAUGAGGGAAAGGAGAAAUUUGGUAAUGCAUUUCGUCAAUGGCAGCUAGAUGCUCCAAACUUCGUCAUAGAUGGCCAUUAUCCUGUCAGGGAGUUGUGGACACGUGCCAGAAGCUGUUGGGAUAAGAUUUUAACCCAUCAAAGCAAAUCUGUACUUGUUGUUGCUCACAAUGCUGUGAAUCAAGCUCUUGUUGCUACAGCUAUUGGCUUGGGAACUGAGUAUUUUAGAGUUUUACUUCAAAGCAACUGUGGUGUGAGUGUAUUAGAUUUCAUUCCCCGAGCAGAGGAUACGUCUCCAUACAUCUGCCUUAAUCGUUUAAAUCAGACUCCUAAUUCACCUAUUGCUGGUGGAAGUUCUGCAGGUCGGAAAACCAGUAAGCGCAUCAUCCUUGCUUGUCAUGGAUCAUUGAUGAACAAUGUGGAGGCUAACUUCUCGCUUCUUGGGAAUCAGCCUUUGAGCAUGCUUGGCAGCAUUCAGUCACAGAAAACUGCAGAGCUACUUCUUGAUUUGAAAGUGAAUACUGUAGUUAGCAGCCCUGGAAAGGCCUCAACGGAGACAGCACAGAUCAUAUCUAAGGUUCAAGAAACCGCAGAGAGCUUAGGGGCUGAUAGUGUACCACGAUAUGUGGAUGUUAAAGAGAUGAAGGACCUUGAUGUUGAAACCAUGCUUGGGAAGUUAAAACAAGAAGCAACUGUGGAUUCGAUUCUGCAGCCAAAAUUGUUGGAUGGGCUUGGAAACAGAAUGGUUAGUCCUGUAUGGGAUCAGACAGGAAAAGUGUGGCGAACUUUAUUAGAUGAAUUAUCUGAUCCUUCAGAAACUGUUGUUGUUGUUGGACAUCCGAUUCUACACAUAGCACUGAUGACACAUUGCCUGAAUUUAUCGAAAGAGUGGAUAAGGUCAUUCCAUCUUGAUGAAGGUAGUAUUAGCAUCAUUGAAUUCCCCGAUGGACCAAGUGGAAAGGGCAUUAUUCGAUGCAUUAAUUAUACUGCGCAUUUGGGAAGAUCAAGAUGGUCAAUUCCCAUUACUAAGCCAACAAUGGAUGAGAAAGAUAUCUAGUACAAGUAGUUCUAUAGUUUUGAUUUUUGACUGUUGGAAAGAACUGAAUAUAUAUUCCAUUUCCACCAAUGUCAUGUAAGACUGUGUCAUUGAAUAUAAAAACUGAUUUUGAUAAAGAGUCUGUUGAUGUGUUA